AUGGAUUCGCAGUACUCGAAGCAGCACCACACAGUACAGACCCAGCCUGGAGGACAACCGGGGGCCUACUAUGGGAAUCCCGGAAACCCCUACGGUCCGGGAUCUCAGCAAGCCAGUCACCACACAAACACAACGGUCAUCAUACAGCAGCCAGCUGCGGCUGUGGGAGUUCGAGACUGGAGUACUGGCCUCUGUAAUUGUUGUGAUGACGUCGGCAUCUGUCUCUGCGGCCUAUUUUGCAGCUGUUGCUUGGCCAUGCAGGUUUCCUCAGACAUGGAUGAGACCAUGUGUCUGCCCUGGUGCGUUCCAUAUUACUUGAUGGCACUCAGGGUCAAAAUGAGGGCUCAAGAACGCAUUCAAGGCUCAAUCUGCAAUGACUGUCUGGUGCAGACGUACUGUGGAACAUGUGCACUCUGUCAGCUGGCCCGGGAAGUUAAAAUGGUCAAGCAGCGAGCCGCACGUUAG